GUUCUCGACAAAAUGAGUGAGCUUUCGAAGUACGAGCAGCUAUUCGAAGCGGAGGAAGCAGCCGGGAGGUCGUGGACUUGUUGUGCUAUGAUUGGGGACGACGACGACGAGGACGACGAAAAGCAGACGCAGAAAGAUUUCCUGCACAACUUUGGCGCAAACCGAAAUCAAUUUGUCUUCUCGGAGGAAUUUAGGGAGAGGUUCGGGAUUAUCGACCACACCAGGCGCAUUCUGACGGACCGGGAGAAGCGCGAGCAACUUGGGGCGGAGCCGCAAUAUGAAGAAAACACAAGGGAUGAUUUGGAGCUGGCGGAUAUUGAAAAUAACCUCGAUAGCUCCUCCAUCGGGCGCCGCAAGAGAGCAGGCCGCCGCCGCAAGAGAGAGCGAAGAGACCAGCAUGGCAGGGGAGAAAGGCGGGUUGAUGCUUCAACCGCGGGACAGCCGGCCGAGCUCCAAGUAGACCAGGUGAAGCGGUCAAAGAGGGUGAGGUUUGCCGAAACAGCAGCACCAGGUGGCAAAAAAGCAUUAAGUGACAUCGAAAAUGAUCAGCAAGACCAAGAGGACCUACUUCUCUGCAGGCCUGUACCAACAACUACGUCAGCGCCAACACGAAAGU